AUGGAAGAUCUAAAAUUAGCACUGAAAAAUAUGUCAGAAAAGUUCACUGGACAGAUGGCGCGCUUUGAGGCACGCCAAGAGUCCAACACUCCAUUAGCCGCAGAAUUUCAAGAGUUCAACUCCUUUGUGUUGACUGCAUUAUCUACACUGCAUUGUCAGAUUGAGAUGGUGGCGCAAGAUGUUGAGCAGCAGGAGAUACGAAGCAGAAGAAAAAUGCUCCUUCUUCACGGCUUGCAGGAGGUCAAGGGUGAAAACCUCGAAGAUGCAGUUGUGAAAUUAGCCAGGGAUAAGCUUUCAGUGAGUGUCAGCCGUGAUGACCUACACCAUGUACACCGUAUGGGUAAAAAUUCCUUAGAUAAGGCGCGGCCGCUUUUGAUUAAAUUUAAAUCUCAGGAUCAGCGGAACGAGAUAUGGUCGGCCAAGACGGGUUUGAAGGGCUCUGGGAUAACAUUGUCUGAAGUCUUAACAAAGAAGCGGCAUAAUGUAUUUAUGGCCACACGAACGCGCUUUGGUGUCUCUCGCUGUUGGACCAGAGAUGGGAGCAUAUUCAUUAUAACGCCAGGAGGAACUCGGCACCGUGUGGUUACUAUGGCUGAGCUGGAGCUGAUUCCGGACUCCGUGUCUCCUCGAGAUGAGCCUGGCACGACAUCGAAGAGAUCUGUGCCGAACGUAGCAGUUGCUGUGGGCUCUGGACAAGCUUCCUCUGUGGUUUCCAGACAGGCCAGAGGCGCCAACCCGAGGACACUCCGAUCCGUGGUCAAAAAACAAACAACAAAACAAACA